UCUCACAGGAGGCAUAUUGGACACACAAGACCUGCAGACAGAUAAAGAUGCUGUUGGCAUGGGAAAAAACGCUGUGUGUUUUGCACCUGUUCUUAUCUAUACAGAUGAGCGAUCGAGCGGUAGUUUUGAACAUGAUGCCGGAUACAUUUGAUGACCAGUACAUCGGUUGCGCAGAAGAGAUGGAGCAUCAGAUGCCGAAAAUUCUUACGGAGGAACUGAAAUACAACCAGUUUGCUGUAAUGUGGGAAAGAGCGAGUCGGGCCUGGAAUAGGAAAGGAUUGCCCCUUCCAAGCAAGUUUGAUGACAAGUAUGGCACAGCAGUUGUAUUGUACACAAUGGAAACGCCAUACCCUAUCUACAGACAGCUGAACGGAAAUGUCUCAAUCAUGGGAAAGUCUCGAGAUCUCUACAUGAAAAAUUUCCAUUUUAAAGCUCUUCACUUUUACCUGACCCGAGCCUUACAGGUGCUGAGAACAGGCUGUGCCAACAAGACUCGGGUCUACCGGGGGACAGAUAUUGGUGCUGUGGAUGUAGCUAAGAAAAUACGUUUUGAUCGGUUUACAUCUUCCUCUACCAGUAUAACAAUUGCUGAACGGUUUGGGAAAAAACCCUUUUUCAACAUAUUAACCUGCUAUGGUGUGGACAUAGCUGACUUAUCAGAUUACGAGGAACAAGAAUAUCUCAUUCCCGUUGCAGAAACAUUUAACAUGGUAAGCCAGACUGAAAACACGUACGAGUUGGAAAGCACCGGAAAACUUUGCAGCUACUUCAACUGUGCUUACUUAGGAGGUGAGAAGAGAGAAAGCCCCGUGUGCAAUUCUGGUUCAACAGGAUUUCUAAAUUCUGGGCCCAGGACUCACCUCAGCAUUACUGGAUUGGCUAUUAUACUUUAUCUAAAGUGUGUCAUCUUUUUCUGAGGUCACCUCAUGCUAAUGUAUCUCAGCACUGUGUGAAAUCCACUAUCACCAUUCCAUCUUGAUAAAUAUGCUGACGUGGUGCUAUUGUGAAACUCCAUCCAGCUGGGAAGGGUUAUGACCUCUGUUGGGUUUUUGUUAUUUUCUCAUACUUACUACUCUGGCAACAGGCAGUCAGAGGGAUAGCAAUCGAUCAGACAUAUACAUGAGCAAAAAAAAAAAACACUUUGGAACUGAUUUACAAAAACUGGAGAGUGCAAAAUCUGGUGCAGCUCUGCAUAGA